AUGAAAUUAGGAAAUAAUAUAACCAAAAACCAUGUAAAUUUUGAAAAGCAUAAGAUGAAAGUUAAAUCUGCAUCUCAAGUCUUUAGUUGCUCUGUGACUAAAUCAUUGGAACUCUUAAACGGAUUUGAUGAUUUUUCUGACGUUUCUGAAACAAUAGCUUUUGUGAAAAACAUCAACGAUCUUUUCGAUAUAUUGAACAGCAAACUGAUGCUAGAUGGAGAAUGGAAGCAAUCCAUUACAAAGAGCAACCCGACAGGAAAGAAGAUGGAAAACGGAAUGAAGAUGGCAACCGCAUCCUUGAGUUUGCUGAAACUACUCUGCAAUUCACAGUUAACAGGAAAUGUGUCAUCAUUUGAAACAGAAGAACUGCUUGGCAACAUUAUUUUGAGGGCAGAUUUUGAUGACAACGUAUUUGUGAAGCAUGCGUCACUGCAGUAUAUUGUCAACAAUUGCACUGCAUACAUGGCAGGAUGGGUGGUGAAGUCAAUAACACCGACCAUCUCAUGCGCAGAAUGCAGAUCUACCAAGAAUCAGAAAGAUUAUUAUAAAUGA